AUGAAUCCACCUCCGAAUCAACCUCCUGCUGACAUCACACUCACUCACAACGGUGUUGCGUAUAGAGCAUCAUUAUUUUACGGAUACAUCAUGUACAAUGGUGUGAGAUAUAAUACUCUCAAUAGUUUUUGCGAUAGAGUUGCUGCACAAGCCGGGGCUUAUAAUAAUGGAAACUUCCAAGGACGUAUCCAGCUAUCAAAAGGCACAAAUAAUUUUAUUUAUGCUAACAUCAGGCCCUUAUCAGGUACUCAUGACGAAUUAUUGCGUAAUCUCUACAAUUAUGUAACUAAUCCUCCAAUCACACAACAGGAAGCCAUUCAACCCAUUGCUGAACCCCCAACACACACACAACUUCAACAACCUACCCUUGGCAAUCCAUACCAAAGAAUUUCCUCGUUGAUUAAUACUGCUCCUCCAAUCACACAACAGUUGACUCGCCAACAGGAAGCCACUCAAUCCACUGCUGAACCCCCAACACACACACAACUUCAACAACCUACCCUUGGCAAUCCAUACCAAAGAAUUUCCUCGUUGAUUAAUACCGCUCCUCCAAUCACACAACAGGAAGCCACUCAACCCAUUGCUGAACCACCAACACAAACACAACUUCAACAACAACAGACUCAUGACAAUCCGUUCCAUAGAAUUUCAACAUUGAUCGAUGAACAACGUAAUGACAGCUUGUCUUUUGUUGACGAUGAGUUGUUGUAUCAAUUAUCAACUCUAAUGAAAGCGUUGACUUUAGGCGUUUCUUCAGCUGCAAUGAGAGAGGCAAAAGUUAAGGUGUCUGCUGCUAUUUCUCAAUUAAAGGCUGUGAAAGAUCAAGAAGAUCAAGAUGACGUAGAAUAA